AGUCAUGACCUGACCUUACUGACGAAGUUACUGCAGCAGGAGAAAAGGGAAGUGAACAGAAAGUUUCUGCAGACACAAGUCAACAGGAACAAAGAUGCAGGGACAGGGGGAUAUCCCUGCGUACGGACCAUCCCAACCAGUCUUACCUGGAAGAGAGAGGCUAGCAUUUCCCUUGGAUAGUUAUGGACCACGAUCAGGGGUCCUAUUAGGAUUUGGUGGAGCCGAUGCACCCUCUUUCCCCAUGGAUGGACACAGUCUGCCUGGCUUUCCACAGAACAGAGACCAGCUGUAUGGAACCACAGCAAUGCCAAACUUCUCAAUGCUGCAGACAAUGAACAAAGGUGGUAGAGGUGAUGCAGCUGUUUCACUACCCUAUGUAAAUGGGAAGGAGAAUCAGGAGCCAUUGGACAGUACCACAGGGGGUGUCAUGAGACAGCAUGCGUGGAACAAGUCAGAACUAGGAGGCCAAAUGAUAGAGUCUAGUGUGCAGCCUUCACAUAGUGUUGGAGGGCAAGGCCUUGAAGGGGGACCACUACCAUUAUCACAAAAAGGAUCUGUCAGAGGAAGAGCUCCUUUGAUCACAGAUGCAGACAUGAUGGAGCAUGUCCGAGCCAAACAGCAUGCUCACCUGAUGAGUCAUAUGCACCAGCUCCAGGCGUGGCAACGGGAACAGCAGGAGCAGUUGCUACGGCAACAGAUGGAGCAGCUAGCCCGGAUCCGGCAGGAGCAAGAGAAGAUGAAGAGCCUGUUGGUGGCUCAGAGGACAGGGCAUUGGGGAGGUGAAGUGAAAGCCCCCUCAUCUCCUAAACAGAGGAGCCCAUCUCGAUCCAAGACAGGCGUGAGCCCCACGGGUAGCCGGCAGCCCCUCAGCCCUUCUCACAGACCGUGGGGCACCAGAAGUCCCCCCAGGGCCGGCCCAGGUUCCAGCCCUGGCAGACCCAGGAGUACCCUUCCUGAUGCCUUGGCGAGAGCAUCCAUGUCUCCCAGAAGACUGGCGCAGUCUUUUCUACCUCAGGAUGAUUUGCCCCAAGCACCAGAAUCCCAUGACCACAUGAGACAGAGCAGGAUGGAGGCUCCUGUGCCUGCCCCUACAGACAGUGACCUGGGGUCUGUCAUGGAUGAUGGGCCACCUUUGGAGAUGGAGGGGGUGUUUCCGUUGCCUGAAACAGCCUCAGAGAUGGAGGAUGACCAAUCAGUGGACCAUGCCCAGGAACAGGGAAAUGACACAGAUUCAAGGGGCAAUACAACUCCACCUAGCAGCCUUCCCAAGGAUAGCAGGUCUAACAGCAGUCAGGGCUCUGGAACACCAGAAGAUGAGAGACCAAUCAAGCCACUUUCUGCUGGGAGACCCAAAACUUUUGAACAACUACUUGAAGAGAAAUUACAUCUAGAAGAAUCUAAGAAGGACUCAGAAAAUGUUGAUGGACCCAAACAGAAAGCCACCAAGAGACCAUUUCUGAGGAAAGGCCAGGGUUUGGCUAGGUUUGGGUUGACUCAAAAUAGGACAGCUGGUAAAACACCCCCCUCAGAAGAUGUACAGGAGACCAGACACACUAAUCAGACUGGGAGGUCUACAACUCAGCGGGAAAAAGUAUCCAGCAUUAAUGACAAGGUUUCAUCCCAGAGGACAAGUGCCCAUUCCACCCCUCCAACCUCCAGCUCAGUGAGACAGCCCAAAAGACUCAUCACCACCCUGAAGCUCAGACCCCAGCCAGUUAGGAAAUCUGUAGCAGUGACCCAAGAAAAGGUUGCCCCACAGCCUACUGUAGCAAAAGAGCCAGUAGAUAACGGUGAUGCUUUACCUGUGGAAAAUACAAGACAAGAAAUGGAAGAUGAAGGCAGGACUGCUGAAGUUCAUGGCAGCCCAACCUCUGUUGCAUCCUGGGAUAUGUCCUUCCAGGUCAGACUCCAAGAGUUGGAACAGAAGGAACAGUUGGAAGAUGAGGAGCUGAAGGAGUUUGAGAUGCUGGAGAGAAUGGCAGCAAACAUGUCUUCCUUCAUGGGCAGUACUCCAGCCAAGGCCAACAUGUCCAGGAGUCAGGGGCCAUCUGGGUCUUUGAGACAGCCAGUAAAAAGUGAUGACGAAGGACACAAGAUGAAUGAAGAUGAUGUCCAAUUGGAGCAGACUUUAGAGGAGGAAGACAGUGACUUGGACUGUACCAUCAGAGAACAGCCAGAGGGAGACGAUGAUUGGUGGCAUGAUGAAGACGAAGGACAGGAAAGUAAAACAGAUUCACCACAUGGGGUAGCAGUGUCAGCUGAAACAGCUGAAGAGCUGCAGGAUAGAACAGACAUGGAGAAAGAGGAUGACAGGGAUUCUGAAAGUGGCCAUGAUGACGCAGCAGCAGUGUCAUCCCAGGCUCGAAAUGUGGAUUUUGAUGAUGAUGACAGUUGGGGGGACAUAAGUAAUAAAGGACUGGAAGAGGAUGACCAUGACACCACGCUGGAUGACAGCAUCGUAGCAGGCGCCCCUCCUCUCGACACCUCUACACCACCAGCCAAGGCAAACAGACUGGGAUUUUCAACAAGAGGACAGGGUAGCCCACGCUCUGAUGAAGCCCCAGCUCCAGUCAGUGUUGAGCCUCCGCCCACAUCUGAACUGGUCGCCAAGCUCUUCCCGAAGCUGAAACCUUCCAAACCUAAAGUCUCUGCUGAACAGGAGGAACAGCAACAAAAGCUGCAUACUGCUGCAGAGAAGUCUGUUGGGGAAGGUUUCCAGUCUAAAGUACUGAGAGACAAGCUGGCUCAGCUGGAGACGGAGAUUGAGAGGUUCAGACAAGAGAACACUGCUCUGGCAAAACUUAGGGCUGACAGGGAAGAGGGGAUGCAACGUCUGCAGCAGGAGAUGACAGAAUUUGAGAAACUCAAAUCUGAUGAACUGAAACGACUGGAAGAGUUUAGACAACAGGAGGCAGCGAAACUCAAGAAGGAAAGGAAGUUGUUUGAGCAACAUAAGAAGGCACUUCUCCAGCCAGACAAGAAAGAACGUGCAGAGAUAGAGGAACUCAGGGAACAGGUUCAGGAGUUACAAGAUGAACUACAGAGGAGGGAACAGCGUUGGCAGAGCAGUCUGAACCGGUUAAAGAACCAGCUGCAGGCAGCUCAAAAUGAAAGCCAGGAGCUCCGGGAAGAGUUGAGAAUGAUGGAGAAACAGAGGCUAGAUGCCUGGAGUAAAGCAGACACUAAGAAGAAAGACCACGCCCCAGCCAAGGCCUUCCACAAGCAAAAAGUGAGAAAGGAAAUCUCUCCAGAGAAGGAUGAAGAGACGAAGUCCAGUGAAGACAGCGACAAGUCUCCAGAAAUGCCCGCUCCACCCAAAUCUCAGCUCCAAUCACAGAAAGACCGAAAGGAAAAACGUACAGGUCAUUUUCCCCUAGACGAGUGGGAUUCUGACUCCGUUCCUGAAGAAACUCCAAGGAAGAUUCCCAUAGCUGCAGCCCUGGAAGAGCACCCUUCUGGGGUUAAGACAUCCGAUGGCCCAAAGCCAAGGAGACCACUGCAGCGGAAGAAGGCCGUGAAGUUUGCAGGAGACGAGGACUUGAGCUUGGAAGAAGAGGAUGCUGAUGCAGUGGAGCAUCUUCAACAUGGAGAUGGAAAGACUGAGAAUGUUCUGAAGGACGGAAGACGUGUCAUCACCUUCAGUAAUGGGACAAGGAAGGAGAUCAGCGCUGACGGACAGACGCUCAUCGUCACUUUCUGCAACGGAGACAUUAAACAGAUCAUGCCUGACCAACGGGUGAUCUACUACUAUGCAGAGGCGCAGACUACCCAUACCACAUACCCUGAUGGUCUGGAGAUCCUACAGUUUCCCAACAGUCAAAUGGAGAAGCACUAUCCAGAUGGCACCAAAGAAAUCACUUUCCCAGACCAGACUAUCAAAUAUCUGUUUCCUAAUGGGGAUGAAGAAAGUAUUUUUCAGGAUGGCACUGUGCUAAGAGUGUCCAAAAGUGGAGACAGGGUGGUUGAGUUUGCCAAUGGACAGCGAGAAAUACACACUCUCAACUACAAGAAACGAGAGUACCCAGAUGGAACAGUGAAAACUGUGUACCCAGAUGGUAAGCAGGAGACCAGGUACAGCAAUGGGCGGAUCCGUGUCAAAGACAAGGAUGGAAACAUCGUUGUGGACAAAAGGAUGUGAAGAAAAUAAAACAAGAAACCCAGUCCUGUGAGAUGCAAAAAAAAAUAGUUUGCAUCUUGAAUCGGUUACCAGAACAAUCGUACAGUAUCCCUCAAACAAAUAUACAUAAUUUAGCAUACUGUUGUUACUUCAUCACUUGCCUACUUCAAAGAUAAGAAAUUAUCCUAUUAUAUGGUAAUUAGGCAUUUAUAUCAAUUAUAUCAAGAAGGUUAAAGAAAUAGUAGAGAUAUAUUAAGUUUGUACAUAUGAUACAUGACUGUAAAAUGUAAGGCUUACCAGUAAUAUUGUGAAUUUUGGCCUGUAUGCGAAUGGCCAUGUGGAAAUGUUAUGGGCCUUUGAGUGUAAGGUUAGAAAAUGUGCCAUAAAACUUUUUUUCAGUCAAUUUACAAAGUGUUGAUUAUUUUUUGAAAUGUCAAAGUUCAAUCUAGCAUUCAUGAUAUUUAUAAAUGUAUACAUGUACAUGUAUUAGGUUGUAUAUGCUUACUGUACAAUGAUGAGGAUACAGAGAACAAGAAGAAUAUUUCCAUUCAUAUUUCAUAUUUACAUUGUCCAGAAUGUACAUUUUGUACAAAAUGAGGUACCGGGUAUAUAGGUACAAAUGUACCGACAAUGUAAUGCACACAGGAAAGAAGCAACAACCUCACAUUUUAGUGCUGUCCACUCACAUUUCAGUUGGCACUAAUGAAUUUAUUUUUCAUUGACCUAUUGCCACCCAAUAGUGUAUAAACAAGAUGCUCUUAUAGGCCUGCAAUACAACGCUUGUAAGAUGAUUCUUGGAUCUUGUUGUAAUAUCACUUUGUGCGUAUAUUUAUAAGCAUGUGUUUGGUUUUUAUUUCACCUCACAUUCAACCAUAUGGACUCUCCUGAGUCCUGU